AUGUCGACGGGAAAGGGCAAGGGCGAUUCGGCCCCCUGCAGCAGGCUGGGGGUUCUUCAUGCCUACUGCAAGGAUGGGCGCUGUGCAGCGAUCCGCAGUCACCUGAGGUCCAUGUGCGGGAGAGGGGAGAGCCUGGACGAUCGGUUGCGGAGGUACGAGGAGCACAUGCAUAGGAUGAGCGACUCGAGCGUAUUCUUCUGCUCUCGUCCUGUGGAGGCGAUCCUGAGCAAGAAGUCGUUCCUCAUGGUCCUGCUCUUCCUCUCCCUGAUGUUCUUCCUGCAAGUCGUGGGAUGGACGGAAAGGCUGACGACGAGAGGGAGGAGAAGAGCGCAGUGCUUCCGAUUCUCAGUCAGGAGGCUGAGAAACGGCCGGGAGUGUGAGGGCCCAGUGAAUGUCAACGGGAUUGGGAUGCUGGAGGACGAGAGCGACGUCAGACACAGCCUAUACAACCCUCUCCCCCUCUCCCCCCUCCUGGUGGACAGCGGAAACUGCACCCUACUCAUCUCCUAUCCUCGUCCAGUUGACAUGAACGGUUUCUUCAUCGUCACUGGGGAGGAUCGGGAGGAGCUGGACCCCCUUCGCUUCCUCCUUGAAGGCUCCGCGUGCGACGGAGCAUGGGAGACGGUCGGAGGCUCAGGCUGGAGGUUCGACUGGAGGAAGAUGAACAACCAUGAUCGCAGCGUCUUCUCCUUUACUGAUGAGCAGGACUACUCGCUCCCCCUCCUCCGAAAUGCUACCUCCGUCCUCCUCUACCACGUCCCCGUCCUCCAGACCAGCCUGGUCAUCCUCCUCAACCUGACGAGAGCGCUGGUGAUGGGCGUGCCGGCGGUCCUGGGGCUGUGCAGUAGGGAGAAGCAGGGGAAGCAGGCGGUGCAGUGCGGGAGCAUCGGGACUAUAGUCUUCCUCUCCCUCCUCAUCCUGGUAGACGGGAGCAACGCAACAAGCCUGAUCGCCGACCUCCUCCUUGCCAUCGGCUUUCUGCUCUGCCUCGUCUUCUUUGAGGACGAGACGCACUUUUGGGUCUCCUCCGUCCUGAUCUUCUCCUCCUGGUGCGCGAGCGGUUUCUUCCUCUCCUACUCCCCGGCCUUCCAUGCUGGCCUCCUGAUCUCGCUCAGCAGCAUCGCCAUCCUCCUCUAUCGCGACCAUGUCAUCUCCACUUCCUGCAACAUCGUGGAGCAUGACAGGAGCAGGUACGAGUCUGGUUGGCGGCUGUUCCUGCUGUACCUCGGGCAGCUGGAGCAUGCGAAGAAGCUGUCCAAGUUCCUCCGAUUCAUCGUGGGGAGCGCGUCCAUACAGAGGAUGCAGGCAGACGAGCUGGUCCGGCAGGCCAUGAGGAGGAGGACGUUGGGGUUCCGCCUGAAGCAGCUGCUGCUUCCUGCUGCUGUCGACGGUGUCAUGCAAGUAGACGGGGAGGGCAACCCUGUCUGCUCCCUCCAGCGUCUGUACGCCCAGGCCGCGGUCUUGCGCGUCUUGCUGGCGAGGAAGGUGAGGAGGUGGGCGAGAGCGUCGGGGGGAUACUUCGUGGUGAAAGACGAGGAGGGGAGGCUGGCGUUUGUGACGUGGGAUGAGGCCUGCCAGCAGCAGAAGCUAAGAGAGGAGGGGAGAUGGCUGACGGCGAGGGAUGGGGAGGAGGCGGAGCAAGUGGAUCGGCCGGGUCGGAGGAAGGGGACGCUUGCUGCGGGGAGGAGGACGAGGGGAGGACGAAGGGAUCAGUGGGAGGAAUGGGAGGAGGUCAUGGCGGAUGAUGAGAUGCCGGAGAACCGAGUACUUCAGGAGCAGCAGUAUGGGAAGGGGAUACUACAGCAGCAGCAGCUGGGAGCGGACGAGGAGGGGGAAGGAAACAAGCAGCAGCAGCUGCUGCUGCUGCUGGAAGAGGAGGAAGAGGAGGAGGAGGAGCAUGGGGAGAUCCCAUCCUGCAUUGUCUCGCUGAAGCCGAGAGGGAGGGCAGUAGAGAAGGUGAUGAGAUCGUAUGGGGGGCAGGUGGGGAGGCUGCUGGACGUGUGCAGGACGAGGAUCGUGUUCGACGACAUAGGAGGGGUAUCGAUGUGCGUCGCGGGCAUCAAGAGGGACAGAGAGGUUGACGUGCUGCGAGUGAAGAACAGGAUGACGGAGAGAGUCAGGCUGAGCGAGGAGGAGGGGGAGGAGGAGGGGGAGGAGACGGUGGGGGGGAGGAAGGAGGGGGACAGCCUGGGGAGGAGGGACGUCAUCCUCAACCUCGCUCUUCGCAGCGAGGAGGCAGCGGCCCUGGGCGUCUCGCGCCAUGUCUGCGAAGUGCAGCUUGAGGUUGUGACAAUGGCGGCGCUGCGGACGGAGGAGGCGCACCAGCGAUACGUACAAGUGAGGAACCUGAGGAGAAGAUAG